AUGACCACUUAUGUACCGCCUCAAGAAAAUCAGGAAGAUGACACACUUGAUGCUCUGGAAUCAGGAGGAGUUGUUGGCCCGUUAGCACUGCAGACUCUCUCCAGGGCUUCAAAGAUAGCGAAGCGACAGGCAGCCAUGAUUCUGAUUGCGUAUUUAACACUGUGGUCACCUUACAACGUGCUUGCAAUGAUGAAUACACUGGCAACUCGGGCGCAAACCCGUGAAUUGAUUCUGGACACGUUACCUUUUCUGAAUGCGCUCAUUGUUGUCAAUCCUGUUGUUAAUCCGUUAAUUUAUGGACUCAGUUUACGAAAUUAA